UUUAAGAUUCCCUCUCUCUCUCUCGUUAUCUCGAUUUCUCCUCUUCACUCGAAAUUAAGGGCUUUUUUUUUUAAUUCUUUUCGUCUUCUCCUGAGCAAUCUGGCCUUUCGAGCUUCAAGCUUUUAGUUCCAGAGGCUUGUUUAUCUGAUGAAUGCUGGAGUACAUUGUUUAAGAUCUCAGAUCUUGUCUCUUCUAUGAAUAAGAUAUUUGGUACCCUUUCGUUUGAUCUGAUAUCUGAGAGUUUUAGCUUAUAAUGGACUGUAACAAGGAAGAGGCCUAUAGGGCAAAGGCACUGGCAGAGAAUAAGAUGCAGAGUGGUGACUUCCCCAAGGCUCAUAAGCUUGUUAAAAAGGCUCAGAGGCUCUUCUCAGGUCUUGACAGCUUACCUCAGAUGCUAGCCGUGUGUGAUGUACAUUGCGCUGCGGACCAGAAAAUCAACGGUGUUGAGAACUGGUACGGUGUUCUUCAGGUUACGCCAUUUUCUGACGAUGCUGCGAUCAAGAAGCAGUACAAGAAGCUCGCCCUGCUUCUCCAUCCUGACAAAAACAAGUUUGCUGGUGCAGAGGCUGCUUUCAAGCUGGUUGGGGAAGCUAACAGAUUGCUUGCUGACAGGGAGAAACGGAGUCAGUAUGAUAUCAAGCGAAGAAUCUAUUCACAGGUUGCUAGCAGACAGGUGAAUGCAAACUCUGGUCGACAAUUUGGAGCUGCAAACAGUGCUGGUGGCGUUACUGUCAAGAAGGAAACAUUUUGGACGUGUUGUGAGCAUUGUAAGUAUAAGUACUUGGGACAGUAUGUGAACUCCAAAAUGUAUUGUUCCCGUUGUCAAAGAUCAUUCAUGGUCUACGACAUUGGGUUUAAUGGAGUGCCGCCUAGACCCAGCACUACUCAGAAAGAAGCUCAAAAUCAGGGGCCUUGUGGCACUCCUGUGACUAAAAACGUGGAGUCUAAUGGUGUUAAACCAGGAAGUGUAGCAGCUGAAGUCAAUAAGAAAGAAUCUGCCAAAGAGAAGAAUGGAGGAGGUGAGAAAAAUACUGAAGUAAGAAAAGCCAAAAUAGAGGAUGAAUCGAUGAAUACUUAUGCUGAACCAAGUAAACCCGAGGAAGGUGAGGGAAAGGUGAACCGUACAGAUGAGCUACCCAAAGCCGAUGGUUUGAAUCCCCAACCUGAGGUUACAGAACCAGAAAAGGUCGCAUCAACAUCUUCUGUACCUGGUGAUUCAGUUUCAAAGUCUAGUAGUCAGACACCCUCGGUGAACAGGGACAGAAAAAAGAGGAGAGAAAGUGGUGAGGAGACGACUGAGGUUAGAACAGAUUCAAAAGAUAAUUGUAGGAGGAGGACAUCUCCAAGGAAAAGGCAGCAGGUUUCUUGCGCAGAGAAGGGAAGAAGCGAUGGUGCUUUAAGCCCUCCCACAAAGAUAAAACAAAAGUUAGGUGUUGGAUCAUCCAAAUCUCUUGAUUCUUGUGGUUCUUCUGGGCAUUCAUGUGUUUCUAAUGGACAGGCUAAUAAAAGGGUGGAUUCUGGAUAUCAAGAAAGCUUAUCAACGGAAGACAACGAGAGUGAAGGAAAUGAAGCACGUGGAGAAGAGAUAGGUGUUACGCAGGAUUCACCUGAUCCAGACUUUCAUAAUUUUGAACUGGCAACAAGCUCUUUUGCUGUCAACCAGGUGUGGUCUCUGUAUGAUCCGACUGAUGGUAUGCCUCGGUCUUAUGCCCGGAUUACAAAAGUGACUGAGGCUAAGUUCAAGGUUUGUGUUACGUGGCUUGACCCCUUUGAAAAUGAUGAUAAUGAUAACUCUGUUCCCGUUGCUUGUGGAAUUUUCCAAGAUAGGGAGUCUCAGGAAGUCGACGACCGUUUGGUAUUCUCUUGUCAGAUGCUUCAUGUACCUGGUGACAGUAGUAACAUCGUUAUCUAUCCAAGAAGAGGAGAGGUUUGGGCAGUUUUCAGAGGCUGGGAUAGCAGUUGGAGUGGUAGCUCAGAGAAUCAUAAAAGAACUUAUGAAUAUGACUUUGUUGAAGUGCUGUGUGAUUUCAGUGACGUGGAUGGCGUUGGAGUGGCUUACUUGGGAAAAGUGGAAGGGUUUGUUUCCCUGUUUAGCCGAGAUGUGAAGUGUAGAGUUCUCCAACAAGAUCAGAUUCCACCAAACGAGAUGCUAAGAUUUUCUCACAAAGUUCCCUCGUUCAAAUUGACUGGAAGGGAGAGAGAAGGUGUUCCUCCUGGCUGCUUCGAGUUAGACACUGCUGCGUUGCCAAAAGAGAUGUUCAAGGUUGCUAAUUCUAAUGGUUUGGAUAGUGAGAUGCCGAAUGGUUCUAUUCCUGAGGCUUCCAAGGUUGAAGUGCAUGCAAAGAAACGUCAAAAACUCAAUGACAAUCAUGAAAUGAACUCAGUGAAGAAGUCCAAGAAGAGUGUCAAAGCAGUGCAUGACUCGAACCUGCGAAAAUCCCCUCGUGUUCUGAGUGAAACAAACAACCAAGCAACUUCAAGUCCAGGCCAAGAAAAAGCUGAGAAGAAGAGUGCUAACCAUGAUGUGUUUUGUUUUUCUGAUGAGACGAUGACUAUACCAAAGAAACCUGCAAAGGUCACCACUGCAGCUGAUUCCUCAAGAAUCAGGAAAACACACAAAUCCACAGGGAACAACUCAAAGAAGCGUGGGAGAAAGGAUGAGUCAUUGUCUCAGUCCAGUGGUAAUAAUGGUUUGUUGAAUGGUGCUGAAAAAUCCUCAGUUUUAGAGACUCAUGGGCCAUCCAGUUGCACAACCAGGCAAGAAAACGCUUUUUAUAGCUUCGAGAACCAGAGAUCCGAAGACAAAUUUCAGGUCGAUCAAAUAUGGGCUGUUUACAGUAAUGAUGACAGAGGGAUGCCCAGAAAGUAUGCUCAGGUUAAGAGAAUCGACACAAGUCCUGAAUUCAAGCUACACGUAGCACCUCUAGAGCUGUGUCGUCCUCCAAAUCUCAUGACACAUCCUGUAUGCUGUGGCUGCUUUAGGUUGAAAACAGGUACCGCAGAUGUUCUUUUACCUAGCAGCAUCUCACAUCAGAUUAAAGCUGUGAAGAGUGGUAAAAACAGAUACGAAGUGUACCCAGGAAAGGGUGAGAUAUGGGCUCUGUACAAGAACUGGAACACUACAGAUUGUGCUGAGACUGAAGAAGAACUUGAGAUUGUGGAAGUAGUUGAAACCAACGAGCAGAGCAUACAAGUGGUGCUAUUGACUGCUCAAGUGCGUAACAAGCUUCUCUACAGAAGGUGUUUGGAGUCAGUGGCAGGUUCUGUAGACAUUCCAAAGACGGAAGUGAAAAGAUUCUCGCAUCAGGUUCCAGCGUUUAGACGUGAGAGAAGUGGAGACUACGAAUGGUGGGAGCUUGACUCUAAAGCAUUAAUUGAUCUUUAACUCAAAGAAGCUCAAGUCUCUUUCUGUCUGUUAUCUUGUCUAGUUUAGAAUAGUUUAGAAUGUGAUGUCAAAUUAAAAUAUGAAGAAAGAGACUGAAUAUAAUAUAAUCAAAGACAAUAAAGUUUGAUCAAAUAAAGUAAAUCAAAUGAGAUAGAAUCAUUGAAAAGA